CUCACCUGGACCCUCCUGGACUCACCUGGACUCACCUGUCCCCGUCAUGAGCUGCUCCAGCUGCAGGGAGGCUUGUCGGCUUUAAUCUGAGCUGACGGACGAGUCAGGAGGAGGUUUGAGACGAGGCGAGGCCGGAUGUUGGAUGUCAGAGUGUGUAAUCAGCUGCAGCGUAUCUUCAUCAGCUGCUAAUUAACCACAGACUGAGAGGAAAUCUGUCCUGGACGGACGGUAAAUUUCAUGAAGAAGCGACGAGUGGAGCGUGAGCGAGGCUUCAGGUAGAGGUCACAUGAUGUCAUGAUGUCUGGAGUAGCCCUGCCCUCCUCAGAUCACCAUGGUGAUGGCGACUCCGCCCCCGAAGGAAGUGACGCUACGCCUGGAGAUGAAGUGACGGACAUGGAGCUGCUCCUGGAUUCCUCCCAGUAUGGCUGUGGUUUCUCAGCCCUGGAGGUAAACUGGGAGGAAACUGGGCUGGAGGACGGCAGCUGGAGUCCAGAUGGAGACCUGGAGGGUGGAGGGCUGGACAGGAAGUGGCUGCUCUGGCACAACUUCAUGAAGGAACACGCCCACCUGGACGCUUGGCUGCGAUUGGCCGAGCAGGCCGUGGCCUCCCCAAGCCCCGCCCACUUCACCUACAGCACGGCCAAAGAGGAGCUGAGGAGGUUUGAGAGGCUUCAGCGGGAAGCCGGAUCUCAACUCGUCCAGUUGGACAGUUUGACCCGAAGGAACCGAACUCUAACUCGGAUGUUUGACGGAGUCAUGAGGACUCGUCUGCUGAGUUCAGCUGGAGAAUGUGGACGGAGAUGGGACAACGUGAACCAGAAGCUGGAGUCCAUCACGGCUGGACUGAAGCUGUUUGUCUCGGAGUGGGAGGAGUUUGAAGCUCAGGGGGCGGAGCUUGCUCUCUGGUUGGCCGACAUGGACGUCCGUCUGAGUGAGGUGGAUCACCUGACAGGAAGUACCUGUGAAAAGCUGCGACAACUGCAGUCCUUCCAGCAGUGUGUGUGUGUGAACUCAGCUCGUAUCAACGCUCUGCUGAGUCGUGGGGAGGAUCUGAUCCAACAAAGUGCCGCCGCCGGCCAGCAGGUGGAGCUCCGCCUCCUGGAGCUGCUGAGACGCUGCAGCAACGUUUACAACAACAUCGCAAGAAUGCACACACGGCUGCUGAGCAUGAGACUGGUGUUUGAGGACGACUGGAUUCUGUCUCAGGUUACAGAUUCUGGUUGUCCUUCAGAAAAUCCACCAGAAGAAGAGGAAGUGGUUGAGAAACAUCUCCUGGACCUUCCUGCAACUUCAAGACAUCCUAAAGACCCUCCAUCCUCUCCUACCCAUGAGCCCCUGGGGCUGGAGUGGGACCCCUCGGUGGACGUGGGACGCUCCGUUUCCCGUGACGAUGCCGAUUCGUCGUACUUCAGCGCCUGCACAGGUCGUUGCCACGGAGACGGCCUGAAGAGGCGGAGCUACCUCAGCUGCACCGACUCUCGCUCUGACAUCAGCAAUGAUGUCACAAACCAGGAAGUGGAGCUGGGUUUGGAGAAUUGGCUCGACCAUUCCGGCUCAUUCUCACCUGCCGUCACCGGAAAGGACCAAUGGGUGACCUCGACUCCCGACGGGCAAAGCGGCGAGCCAAUCGGCUUCGACGGAGGCCGAGUGAAGGCGUGGCUUAGAGUCCAGAGCUCCGCCCCCCCAGAAGGACAUCCUUCCUCUUCUAAAGCUAUGCAGACUGAAGAGGUGGAGGUGAGCUACCAGUGUUUCCUGGACAGAAGCCACGUCAGCAACCAGCUCAAUCUUCAACGCUGCCAGGACGACACACAGGUGCUCUUUCCUGACCCCACCCCUUUCCUGUCACAUGACCUGAGAGUCAAAGCCUCCUCUGAUUGGUCAGUUGUUCAGGCCGAAGAAGAACCGUCCUGCUGGGAAGAAACCGAACAAAGGAGGCCCCGGUCCUCCCGGUUCCCUCCGGCCCUCCUCUCCGUCCUCCUGGUCCUGCUGGCCGGUCUGAUCUGGAGCUUCCUGGAUCCUCCAUGUCACCGUAGCAACGGGAUGCAGCGCAGCUUCCACCUGAUGCUGAGAUACGUCAACGGACCACCGCCGACCUGAAACCAUCCAGAAACCGUCUAGAGUCAGGACCGAGGUUGGAAACUGCUAAAGUCCGACUCAAACGGCAGAAUCUGACAGAAAUCUGCAGGAUUAUAAAGUUUCUAGAUUUAAUUUCCAUCUCUGUCCACGUCGCCAACAACAAAAUAAGCUCACAUUUAAAAAAUAAACUCAGGAAACAGGAUUGUUUUAGUACAACUCCUGUUUAAACGCCUGCUUUUUCAAUUCUGAUGACAAAAAAUCACCUAAAAGGGUGUUUUAUGAAGAAAGGAGUAUUUUUCAAGUAAAUUCAGACAAUUAUAGGAGUUUUUUCUACUGUUUAUGUCACUUUUCAUAUUUCUGUAGCAGCAUCAAGACAAAAAGCUUUAUUUUUUUAUUAGAUAAAGCUGAAAAAAAAUCACAUUUUGUUGUUUUUUUUUUUGAAAGAAAUGUGCAGGAUUAUAAAGUUUCUAGAUUUAAUUUCCAUCUCAGUCCAUGUCGCCAACAACAAAAUAAGCUCACAUUUAAAAAAUAAACUCAAAAAAUAAACUCAGGGUACAGGAUUGUUUCGGUGCAACACAAGUUUCUUUGUCUUGAUUUUAAAAAAUCACCAAAAAAGGCUUUUUUUUUUUUUUUUUUUAAGAAGGAAGGAGCAUUUUUCAAGUAAAUUCUGACAUUUUUCCAGGUUUUCUGUAUUGUUUAUGUCACUUUUCAUGUUCCUGUAGCAGCAUCAAGACAAAAAACUUUAGUUUCUGUUUGAUAAAGCUGAAAAAAUCUCAUCAUGUUGGUUUUUUUUAAAGAAAUCUGCAGGAUUAUAAAGUUUCUAGAUUUAAUUUCCAUCUCUACUGAUGUCACCAACAACAAAAUAAGCUCACAUUUAAAAAUUAAACCUGUUUAAACGGCUGCUUUUUUCAAUUCUAAUGGCAAAAAAACACUUUAAAAGGCAUUUUUAAAGAAGAAAGGAGUAUUUUUCAAGUAAAUUCAGACAACUGAGUUUUUUCUACCGUUUGUCACUUCAUAUUCCUGAAAAAAAUGUUUGUUUGUUUUUUUUGUGUUUUUUUUCCUCACACCUGGUUUAAUAAACUCCUAAACUCAAUACACUGCAACCUCUAAUUAAGUGUAAUAAUCUUAUAUUUACACCUUUAUGUUUUGUUUUUGUACAGAUUCAUUCUCUGGUGCUUUCUAGGGAAGAUUAUCUGACUUCAAGCUGCAAUAUUCUAAUCAUGUUAGCAUUUUUUUUAAAAGAAAAAAGACCAAGAACGACUCACUACCUUCCACAGUUUAUAUACUAGAAAUACAAACAACGUCUCAGACAAGCAGAUUUUUGCAUUUCACAGUAAUUCUCGCCAUAAAAAAACAACAUUUUGGCAGUUUUUAAAACCAGCUGCUGGGUCCAAAUCUGUACAGUUUGAGCAUAAAGACAAGAAAAAUGAAAAGAACAAGUUGUAAAUCUAUCAACAGCUGGAAUAAACCAGACAGUUAUUAAAGUACGAGCACCUAAAAACAACUACCGGUAAUACAUGAAAACUGGAGGUUUAUUAGCUAAAACAUGCUGAUUUAAUUAUCAGUUUAAUGAUAUUUUUACAGACUAAAAGCUAAAUAAAGCGGAAAACAAAGCUAAAAAUCUGAACUGCACUAAAACCAGAUUGAUAUUUGAUCAUAUUAUGUCGGAUAUACAUGAAUAAACUCCUCCUUUAGUACGUUUUAGUUCCAGUUUCUGACUCUUAAAUCAGUGCAGUAUAAAAAUAACUGGACGUUAGAUGUUUCUGAAUCUGUAUUUACUCAGACUUAUCUUCAUGCAUGCCUUAAACAUCACUAAACUGCAGCAGAAUCUAUUAACUAAAGAGAAAAUGUCUGAUUUGGUUGUUUAUGAAAACAUUUAAGUCGUCAAACUUUCUUCCCUUCUGCUUGUUUCUCCAGGAAGUGAAGGUUUAUUAGGUUGUGAGGCUAAAUAUUUGAAAGGAUUUACAGUUUUUUACUGAUAAAUUGCUAAAAGCUCAUUUUGGGGGGCUGAAAAAUCUGCCAGAAGUCACAUUGUCAUGUAAAAAGUUUUUUAAAGCAGAGUAGAAGAUUUAAAUCCUGCCUUUGUUGCCUUAAACUGCUAACUGUGCUAAUGUAGCUAAUGUGCUAACUUUACGCUCCUGUAGGACUUUAACUGCCAUUUAUUUUGGACAUUUAAAGUAUUUAGUGUUUAAUCUGAACCCCUGCCUGCCUUAUUACACCAUUAAAGUGACUGUAUUUAUCAUUUAAUGGGAUCUUUAGUUAAAAAAAAAAAAAAAACUAACAUGUUUGUCCAAACUUUAAAGAAAUGAUGCUCACGCUAAAUUCAUGCUAACGCUUUCUGAACCACAACGGUGCUUUAGAUUUAGAGUUUUUUAUGGAUACCUGCUGGUUUCUGAUUAUUUCAGCUUGAAGAGACAAAAUUUUAUUGACAUUUUGACCUUUCGUCAACAUAGAAAUGUGGUUGUAUGUUCCUGAAAAUGGAGCUUUUUGAAACUAUUGUCACGGUCGACAUGUAGACACCUACGCUUGAUUCCUGAUUAUGACAUCACGUGCCUCUACAACUAAACAAGUCUGCACGAAAGAAGAGAAACUAAAAUGAAUGUUGAUCUCUGGGAUGAUGAUUUCUAACAUCAAAAACUAGAUUUAAAUUUAUCCGUCAUCUCUGUUAAAGUAGUGACGUUGUGCAGCGAUGCUCGGCUCCCAGUGCUCCUGCAACACUUCCCUAUGAAGUCCUGCUCUGUUCACGUUAAACACUGUCUGCUAUUAUCUGAAUCACUUUUGGGAAAGAGAAAGAAGCUGCGAUGAGACAAAUCUGGCCAGCAGCACAGGUGGAGAAUGACAAAUGUGUAAUUGUGGAUGAAUAAAGCUUCAAAAUCCACAGUUCAGGUCAACUGUGUCGACUGUUUUCUCUUAAAAGCCUCGGGACGUUACAGUAGAACUCCAGUUCAAAUCCUCAGAUUUCAUGAUGCCAGAUCACAUAAUUGUUGGAAAAAAUGACAACAAAAAUUUGUCAAAAAUUCCAAAUGUUUGUCCAAAAUUGUUCCAAAUUAUUCGAAAAUUAGCCAGUUUUUUUUAAGUUUACAUUUUUCACAAAAACAACAAAACCCUGUUCAAACUGAUUCAAAUUUGACCAAAAUAACCAAGAAUUUGUCCAAAAUUUGCCAGAAUUUAUCCAAAAAACGAACCCUUCAGCAGAAGUCUGUCUCGGCAGUCCAACUCUGGGAGGAAUUUAUGAUGUACAUAAAAUAAUAAAUAAUGUAAAAUAAUAACAAUAAUAAUUCCCAACAUGACAGACUAAAAUGUGUCCAAAACUGCAAAAAAAUUGUCCAAAAAUCACUCAACAUUUUUAACAAAAAUUCUAAAUUGUCGAAACUCACUUAAAACUGUCAGAUAACUCUACAGACAGUAGAAGUGUUCACUGACAGUCCAGCCCUGCAGAAGAAAUUACAGAAACACAACAUUUUGAAGAAAGACAGUAAAUUUACCAAAAGGACAAUAAUUUGAUGAUUCAAUGUUUGUCUAAAAUAAACAAAAAUUAAUCAACAUAACUCCAAAUUUGUCCAAAAUUACUUCGUAUUUUUAACAAAAACUUGUUCAAAACAACUCAAAACUGUCCAAAAUGACUCUAAAAUUUUCCAGAAAUGAGAUGAACUUGUUCAAGAUGUGCUGCAGGAACACUGGGAGCCGAGUAUCGCUGCAUGACGAGGCUAUUUCUAAUCAGAUGCAGCUAAAUUUAAAUGAUUUUUGAUUUUUUUAGCCUCAAUCUUUGAUCUUUUGGUCUUCAGGUUGAUUUGGACAGAAACCAGAGGUUCCAUUAGAGAAUUAUUUGGUCCCUAAACAUCUCAGGUUUAGUUUGUUCAGACGUUUCUUCAGCAUGUUUGGAGUUUAAACGUAGACCAGAAGUUUUGGGCUGCAGACGUCCAGAUAAAUUAAAUUUAUUGAAUCCAAACACGUCUGCAGCUGUUUGAGGGCAGAAAUCUGAGCUUUAAGUGUCUCAUUUGGUUUUUUCUGUGGACGUUUGACUGAUUUGUACUGAACACCAUCCACGUUUCUACCAGGUUUUAUCAUCUCUCACCAACAGAGCUGAGUUAAUCUGUGGUUUGUUGAAGCUUUGAUUGGAUGAACUUUCCUCAGGGGAACAUUUCAGUCCAACUUCCUGAGAAUCAAAGUGUUUUAAAGCUGGAAACUUAUUGAACCACCCUCAAACAUUUCACUUCUUGUAGUUUGGCUUCAAUCAUGGUUUCAUAUUUCAGAAAAGGAUCCAAUCAGAUGUUUUUGUACAAGUUUGAAGAUAAAUUAAAUAAACAGUUCACGAGUUUC